UCUCAUUAUAGCAAUACAAUGGGUAUCACUAACAAGAACAAGCGUUCCGCGCCAGAGCCGGCUGCUUCCAAGAAGGCCAAGACCAAUGCCAAGCAGGCCAAGAAGGUUGAGUCUGAAUCUGAGGCCGACUCCGAAGACUUGGACAUUUCCGACUCCGAAGACUUGGACAUUUCUGACGACGAAUUGGAUACUCCAACCGCUGAUUCCGAUGAUGACUUGGACGAGUUGGACAACACCUCUGUCACCCAGAACGGCAAAGAUGAAGAGAACUCUGACCUCUCGGCGGACGAAGAUCAGACCGAAAGCGGCGAGGCUAAGCCGGUGGACCCUAACAAGAAGUCGUCCAAGGAAGCACACGCCGAGCAGCGCAAGAUGCUUUCAGAAAGAAAGAUGCAGAGAAAGGCCGGUGUGGAGGUCCAGCAGGUGAAGCUUCUCUGGGAGAAGUUGAGAAUCAGAAAGCCAACCCCGCCAAAGGAGGUGAGAGAUAAAUUGUGCGACGAGAUCUGGGAGCUCGCCUCUGAGGUUAUCAAGGAUUUAGUGAUGAAGCACGAUGCAUCUAGAGUGGUGCAGACCUUGGUCAAGUACUCCUCGAAAGAAAGAAGAGACACCAUCGUAGCGUCUUUGAGAGGCAACUUCUACGAGUUGGCCACUUCCGCGUACGGUAAGUACUUGUUAAUCAAAUUAUUGCACUACGGCUCCAAGGAGUCACGUGAGAUGAUCUUGGACGAGUUGCAUGGCAAGCUCAGAAGAUUGAUGAGACAUAGAGAGGGUGCGUACGUGGUGGAGGACUUGUACACUUUAUACGCUACCGUUGAGCAGAAGCACCAGAUGAUUAGAGAGUUCUGGGGUUCUGAAUACGCCUUGUUCAAAGAGGCCGGUCAGGAUAAGGACAUUAUUGCCGUCUGCGCCGAAUCCACCGAAAAGAGAACCUUGAUUGCGAAAAACUUGGUCGGGACCAUCUCCGCCUCCGUGGAGAAGGGCUCCACUGGCUUCCAGAUCUUGCAUGCAGCCAUGAGAGAGUACGUCCAGAUCUUCGAGGGCAAAGAGGUUUCCGAGUUUAUCGAGUUGUUGGCUGAGCAGUUUGCCGAAUUGGUCCAUACCCCCGAAGGCUGUGAGGUUGCCUGCACAUUAAUUGCGCGUGCCAACGCCAAGGAGAGAAAGACCAUUAUCAGAAGCUUAAAGUCGCACGCGCUCAAGUUGAUCAAGAACGAGCACGGUAACAUGGUCUUGACCGUUUUGAUGAUGUGUGUAGAUGACACUGUUUUGGUCGGUAAGACCUUCACCGCGGAAUUUGCCGAGGAAAUGCACAACUUGGUCAAGGACAAGUUCUCCAGACGUCCGUUCUUGUACUUGUUGAAUGGCUUGGACCCAAGAUUCUUCUCGCCAACUGCCAAGAAGGACUUGCUCAAGUACCAGGAAAUCUCGCUCGAGACCUCCAAGAAGCCCCAGAACCAGAGACGAGGCGAAGUCUUGAAAAUCUUUACCCCAGCGUUCCUCGACGCGAUCAACGAACACUUGGUUGACGUUUUGGCCGAAAACAUGGGUGCCCAGUUCAUUACCGAGUUGGUGUUGAAGGCGCCGGCGGACGAAGAUCCCGAGGUUGCCAUGAAGAAGAGCUCGUUGUUGGAAAAUAUUAUCGGCUUGUUUAGAGGCGACGUAUUGGAGGAGUUCCACAUCAUCAACAAACCGUUCUCUACCAGAUUGUUGAAGACCUUGAUCCAGGGAGGAGCCUGGAACAACGCCACCAAGCAGAUUGAGGUGUCGGAGGUUGCCGGGAUCGGUGCCGAGUUUGCCACUGCGUUGUUGGAAUCCAUCGAAGGCCAGCACAAGGUCGUGCCAUGGUUGCAAUCCCCAGGUUCAUUCGUCAUUGUGUCGAUCUAUGAGUCUUUGGAGAAGAAUGACAAGAAAAAGUUCAAGGAGUUCUCCAAGACUUUGCAGAAGGUCAAGAAGGAGAUCCAGGAGGCUGCCAUGGAUGAUAACAAGGGUGCGAAGUUGUUGUUGACAUUGUUGGAGAAAUAAGAAAGGAUUCUGCGCGGCAGUUUGUUUUCUUUCAUUUAAAUUUGUAAUAUAUUCACUUUAGUUUGUGGCGUAAAACUGCGCAACGAUUGCGUGAUGAAAGGUUUGGGAAAUAGGACAUCCAGUCAUACGAGAGAAAAUAUGGUUAAAUGAGUGGUGGGGGAAACGAGGCCUGAGAUGGGGUUCAGGAUAUGAGGCCUUCUUGAGCAAUACUAAGCUGAGUUAGUUCAAAGUUCAAUCUUUGAGGUUUAUAGGUUGCAUUUUUUUUUUU